GUGACUUCCCAAGAAACAAUUAUUCAUUUAAGAAAUGUUUCUCAAAGCAGUAUUAUUAAACCAUAAGUUGUAUUAUAUUUGGUUUAGUUUAAAUUAAACUGUUGUUAAACUCUUGUUAGCCCAGAAAUGGAGAAUCUGUUCAACUACUACCGUUCUAUAGGCAUUGUGAAUUUUAUGUUUAUUCAAUGGUCGUACCUCGGUUGUGCAGCUAUUGUUCAACGUGCAAACCAUUAAUUGUUUACAAAUAUGUCAGGAACUUUUCUUCAACGUUUAUUAAACAAUGAUAUGUGAUGCUUUUUUGUACAAUCGUCUAAUACAGGUCGUAGACACUCGUCGUGCAACUAGCUGCUUAGGUCAUAAUAAAAAGCUUUCUAUGGCAAUUAUUCCACUACAAUACAAUCAAAACAUAAGGGACCAUUUCUAUUUAUAGGUUUGAUUGAAUUAAUGCUACAAAAAUGUUUCAUAAACGUUUGUUCAUUAUUUCUGGACCAAUAAAUUAGCAAAAAUGUAUUAUUUUUGUUCAUUUUUACAUGUGUAUUCAAAUUGAUACAGUUUCAUAUGACAUAUAAAUAGCAACGCAUUUUAAAUUACUUUUUUAUGGAACGACUCACAAUAAUGACAAGACUCGAACCUGGGACCUACUCCGUCACUGUCGUCUGCAUCUGCGCUUCUCCAAUCCGGAUCACAUGAAUCGGAAGAUUUGAAGUAAUAUUUAAAUAUUGAAUCAAAUACGUUACCGUUCAUGCGUUGCUUAAACAUCGCUUAAGUUUUUUAAUCGACUAAUUGUCCAAAUCAACAUUGAAACUGAUCGAUGUUUGAAUAAUCAUUACCGCAACACUUGCUCAUGUUUUUAAACUUUUCAGGAAGCUUUGUUCAUCUGCAGCGCUACAAAAGCUUAACAGUUCAUUUGUAUAGCUAACAUACAUAUUUUGUAAACAUAGCGGCUCUUCUAACAAUUUUUUGGUUUCGAACACCCAAACAAGUGAGCUGUGCGUAGUUUGUGUUACUUUUAUUAUGUGUCGGGAAAAAAUGCCUAUCACUCGAGUGAAAUCAUCCCGGUAUUAAAUGGAUCCUGUUCCCGGUCGAGAUUGAUUCGAUUUGAAGAUCGAUACAUGGUGAAGGAUUGAACCGAUGGGAGAACUCCUCGUCGAUGCCAGUAGUCGCAGCUGCUUCAGCUGCCGUUUUCAGCGAGGUUUUCAGGGCUCGCUGGUUUCGCUGCCCAGUUUAGAAUAUAAGGUGAUCUCAUAAAAUGGAAACCGCAGCAUACCAGCCGAAAACGAACGAGACAUGAUCGACAACAUUAUGACGCGUGAUAGCGAAAUACCGGCCAUAUUCAACCCGAAACGUGUUCGUGCCCCCUCCGUCGUUGUAACAGGAGAUUCGCCAAAUGGCCCCUUCGGUGGUGGCUUUACCAACAAUGUGCCACAGAUUAUGCAUUCCGAUUCGGUGACCUCGAGUCAACACGACGGGCAGGAUAGCCUGAUCGGGGUGACGGUCACCGGAACGGGAUGCGACACACCAACCUCGGGCCUACCUGGACAAUCGGGUACGGCCCUGGGGAAUAACACCAAUCCAACGGGAACUCCGACGCCAACCACCAGUACCAGUCGGCUGAAAGGAUGUCGCGAUUCCUGCUGUUCCGAACUGGCUCAAAAGAUGUACUUCGGCGUGUGCGUGACGAUCCUGGUAACGGCAUCCUGGGUCGGUGCCACCCACUGCAUCAAGUUUCUCUAUCUGCGGCGGAACGCGUACGCUUCCACACUGCCCCCGCAUCUGACGGCAUUCAUCACCGACCACGAAAUGGGCGGGAGUGUCCUCACGACGGCAGACACCAACUCGUCGGCGCUGAUCGUGCACGGGUUCGGUCCCACAACCUCCUUCAUGCCAUCGACAACGAAACCGAUCGUAACGAAGGAUGGGAACUUCCCGCCACCGCCAUCGACGCACAUUUUCAACGCACCGUUCUUCGCGUCGUGGUUCUGUACGAACUUUUCGAUCCUGUUCUUCCCGAUCUACAUCCUGGGGCGGGUGGCGAUUAAGAAGUGCGACGGCACCGGGGAGAUUCUGGGGGAGAUACUGAGGGGCUUCCGGGAUCGGGGGUUUACGAUCGGAAGGUUUCUGAAUCGGUGCUUAACAUUCUGCAUACUGUGGCUGCUGACGACGUACUUGUAUGCACUGUCGCUGAAGGCCCUGCUGGCGACUGAUGUGAUGGCACUGUUUGCAACGAAUGUGGCGUGCGUGUACCUGCUGGCGUGGGUCAUCUUGCAGGAGCAGUUUGUCGGUGUGAGGAUCGUUGCGGUCAUCCUGUGCGACACCGGCAUCGCUCUGUUGGCGUACAUGGACGGAAUUACGGGUAGCCCAACACUGGGCGGAGUAGUACUGGCAGCACUAGCUGCCGCCGGGUAUGCAGUAUUUAAGGUAAUGUUUCGUAAGGUAAUGGGCGAUCCUCCGGUCGGCCAAAUUGCGUUCACUUUCUCCAUCAUCGGCUUUCUGAACGCGGCCAUCCUGUGGCCGGUUUGCAUCGCACUGUACUUCACCGGAGCGGAGGUGAUGCCCUGGGAGACCCUGCCGUGGAUCGUGCUGCUGAUGGCCAGCAUACUGCUGUUGGUGUUCCACAUCUUGACGCAGUUCAGCAGCGCCGUUACGUACAACAUGUUCGUCACACUAGGUUUAAUUACGGCUGUGCCAGUGUCGGCAGCACUGGACAUCGUUCUGUAUGGAGCGCACUUUGCCGGAAUGAAGCUGGCGGGUAUUAUAUUAAUAGCCGUCGGUUUCUUCCUGGUCAUGUUCCCCGACAACUGGCCCGACUAUAUCACCCGGCUGCUCAGAAAAGCUGUUAGUGCAUUGCUCAGAAAUCGUUGUUGUUGCGAUUCCUCCUCCACUGAGAAUGAUUACGAAAAUUCGAAAUAUCAUCUUGUUGGGUCACAACGCGAGAUGGGGUCGUCAUCCGCGAAGCGGAACUCCCUCCCAGCAUCGCGACGUCAUCGACUAUCGGACGGGCUACAUUCGAUCGCAUCUUCGGUCUCCCUCUGGCCGGGUGAGAUGACCGCCGAGCAGCAACAGUCCUACCAACUGCAGCAUCAGCAGCAGCAACAGCACAUGCAGCACUUUCAACACUACAUUCGCAGCGACUAUGGCAGCGACAGCGUUAGCCUGAGCUCCAAACUGCGGCACUACUCGCUGACGGAGACGACCAGCUUCGGUGCGCGCAGGUUCGGUGGCACUAGCGCAGCCAGUGGUGGUGGUGGUGGUGGAAUGAACGCGGUGAUGGCUCAGCCUUCUGCCCGGCAGAUCAGUGGCCGCAGUUGUUCCUACGGGUCACUGCAGUAGCCUACAAACAAGCGAAGAUGUGAUCGUUUUUCAGAAAUUCUGACAUUCAGUUUUAUUCCGUUCUUAUAUCCCGGUGGCAAAAUGCGGAAAAACGUCAAAUGUUUUGAAGGUCGAUAUCACAUGUGAUCAACAGCCGGAAUUGAUAUAAAAUUUCCGAUUAGGGUAAAAUAGUGUAAAAUCUCAAAACCUGAUUACCUGAUAUUUUAUUUUUACAAGUAAACUUUUGCAGCGACAAUACCAAUUUCAGUUUAUAUGUAAUUCAAACUCUAAAAUGUUGAGUCUUUACUUCGUAAUCAAAUCUAUUCAAGCAUAUUCUGAUGAACGUUGGAUGAUUUGUAGCAGAUUCACUGAAGGCAAGCUCAACUAAAUUAUCCAAACCAUAUGUAUAACAUUCCGAAAAACUUCAUUCAAAAAUCAACCCAAAAUCACUUUAUCUAAAGAGCACGAUUAAUCAGAACUGAAUGUGCAGGUGAUUGAUUAUCAGAAAUCUAAAACAGAAAAUACUCAAAACAUUCGGGAUGUAAAGUUAAAACUUGACCCUGAAUCCAAAAAUACCCAAUACUCAACAAAGUUUUUUGAAAUCACAUUCCACUUAACACAAAAUCACAGUUAAAAAAUAAUAAAAAAAAAAUCAUCCGUCAUUAUGUAAAUUCAGCAAAAAAAAAGACAAAGUUGCAUUUCCACAUUGAAAAAGACAACAAAUA